AGUUUAUAAAAAAAAUCUUAAAUUUUUUUUGUAAAUUUGUAACAUUUAAAAAAACUAAACACCACCAAAUAAAUUAAUAUUUAUUUUUGUAAAACAUAUAUAAUAUAAAAUGUCAGAAGAAACUGCCACCGUAUCUGGUAAUGAUAAACAAUUAUUAAAUAAAGCUUGGGAAAUCACCCAAAAAAAAACUUUUACUGCUUGGUGUAAUUCACACUUACGUAAACUUGGUUCAAAUAUUGAACAAAUCGACUCAGAUUUCACUGAUGGUAUUAAAUUAGCUCAAUUAUUAGAAGUUAUUUCUAAUGAUCCAGUUUUCAAAGUAAAUAAAACACCAAAAUUAAGAAUUCACUCAAUUCAAAAUGUUGGUCUUUGUUUAAAACACAUCGAAGCCCAUGGUGUUAAACUCAUUGGUAUUGGUGCUGAAGAGUUAGUCGAUAAGAAUCUUAAAAUGACUUUAGGUAUGAUUUGGACCAUUAUUCUUCGUUUUGCCAUUCAAGAUAUUUCAAUUGAAGAAUUAUCAGCCAAAGAAGCUCUUUUACUUUGGUGCCAAAGAAAAACUGAAGGUUAUGAACGUGUUAAAGUUGGUAAUUUCCAUACCUCCUUCCAAGAUGGUCUUGCUUUCUGUGCUUUAAUCCACAAACAUCGUCCAGAUUUAAUCGAUUACGAUUCAUUAAACAAAGAUGACAAAGCUGGUAACUUACAAUUAGCUUUCGAUAUUGCCGAAAAAGAAUUAGAUAUUCCAAAGAUGCUUGAUGUCUCUGAUAUGUUAGAUGUUCCAAAACCAGAUGAACGUUCAGUUAUGACCUACGUUGCUCAAUACUACCAUCACUUCUCUGCCUCAAGAAAAGCUGAAACUGCUGGUAAACAAGUCGGUAAAGUUUUAGAUACCUUUAUGUUACUCGAACAAACCAAAUCUGAUUAUGUCAAGAGAGCCACCGAAUUAGUCGAAUGGAUCAACGCUAAAGUUCAACACCUCGAAGGUCGUGAUUUCGGUGAAUCAAUCGAAUCAGUUCAACAACACAUUGCUUCACUCAAAGCCUACAAGAAUGGUGAAAAACCACCAAAGGGUCAAGAAGUUCUCGAAUUAGAAGCCAUCUUCAACUCAUUACAAACUAAAUUACGUUUAAUUAAACGUGAACCAUUCGUUCCACCACAAGGUUUAUCACCAUCAGAAAUCGAUCAAUUAUGGACACAUUUAGAUAAAACUGAACAAGAACACCAAGAUGCUCUUAGAAACGAACUCAAACGUCAAAAGAAAAUCGCUGUUCUCUUACAAAAAUACAACCGUAUUCUUAAGAAAUUAGAAAACUGGUCAAACUCCAAAUCAUCAUACUUAUCAUCAACUGAUUUCGGUGAUUCAAUCACUGCUGUUCAAGCCAAAUUAAAGAAUUUAGAAGCUUUUGACGGUGAAUACCAAUCAUUAGAAGCUCAAUCAACUAGUGAUCUCGAUAGCAUUCUUGCUCAAUUAGCUGAACUUAACUACAGCGGUGUUGGCCAAUUAACUGAACGUAAAGAUACCUUCUUCAAUGGUCAAUGGCAAGGUGUUAAACAAUCUUCAGAAACUUAUAAGAACUCACUUUUAGCUGAAUUAGAAAAACUUCAAAAGAUCGAAGAUUCAUUAGUCGAAUUUGCUAAACGUGCUGCUCAAUUAAACGUCUGGAUUGAAUCUGCUGAUGAUACCGUCUUUGACCCAAUCAGUGUCGACUCUAUCGAUGCUGUUAAUGAAACCCAAGCCAAAUUCGAUGCUUUCCUCCAAGAUCAAGCCAACCAAUUUGCUGAAUUAGAAGCUCUUGCUCAAUUAACUCAACAACUCCGUGAUUUAGGUCGUUCAGAAAACGAUUACUCUGUCAUUUCAUAUGAUGAUCUUUCAGCCAAAUGGAACUCAUUAUUAGCUGGUAUUGAACAACGUAAAGCUGAACUUGCCACUGAACUUUCAACUCAAACCAACAAUGAUGCUUUAUGCCAAGCCUUUGCUGAAAAAGCUAAUGUUGUCAGUGAAUACGUUUCAGAAAACCUCGAAAAACUUUCACAAAAUGCUUCAGAUCCACAAGAACAAUUAAAUAACAUUCGUGCCAUCAUUGCCGAUCAAUCAGAAAAGAAAUCACUCUUAGACGAUUUAAUCGCUACUGCCACCCAAUUAGAAGAAGCUCAAGUCACUGAAAACAAACACACUCAACACACUUUAGACUCUGUUAAAUUAAAAUGGGAAAAACUCACCACCGCCGCCAAAAAACAAGAACAAGUCUUUGAAGGUGAAAUCCUUUCAAAACAAGUUUCAGGUGUAUCAGCUGAAGAAUUAUCUGAAUUCAAAGCUUGUUAUUCACACUUUGAUAAAGAUAAUGAUAACAAAUUAAACCGUCUCGAAUUUGGUUCAUGCCUCAAAUCACUCGGUGAAGAUUUAACUGAAGAUCAAUUAUCAGCUGUCAUCACUAAAAUUGAUGCUGAUAACUCUGGUUUCAUCUCAUUCGAAGAAUUUGUUGAAUACAUGGUCAGCUCACGUAAAGGUUCAGAUAAUGCAGAAUCAAUUAAAGCUGCUUUCAAAGUUAUGGCUGAAGAUAAAGACUUCAUCACUGAAGCUCAAAUCCGUCAAUCAAUUUCAGAUGCUAAACAAGUUGAAUAUUUAUUAGCCAAUAUGCCACGUACCGAACAAGGUUUCGAUUACAACUCAUUUGCUGAAACUUUAUACAAAUAAACAAUAUAUUUAUAAAAAUGGUAUAUAGUAAUAAAAAAAAAUAAAAAAAAUUUUAGAUAU